AUGGCUGCUUCUAGGUUAUGCUCCGCGGCGGCGAUCGCUGCUGCUUUCACUUCAAUGUCCACGUCACACAACCUAGCUUACGCUGACUCGCGAUUCCGCUUCCCUUUCUUCUCUUCUUCAUCACAGCCGCCGUCAGAAUCUCCAGCCGAUCAGUCUUCAUCGGAGACCAAACCGGAGCCUGAUGAGCGCAAAGGAUCUGGAUUCGAUCCUGAGUCAUUGGAAAGAGGCGCUAAAGCUCUUCGAGAAAUCAACAACUCUCCUCAUUCCAAACAGGUGUUUGAUCUUAUGAGAAAGCAGGAGAAGACUCGCUUAGCUGAGUUAGCGGCCGAGAAAUCGCGUAACGAAGCUGUUCAGGCGCAAAAUGAUAUCGAAAGGCAGCGGAAAUUGGCUGAGGAUCAGAGGAAUCUACUGCAGCAGCAGGCACAAGCAAAAGCUCAAAACCUUCGUUAUGAAGAUGAGUUGGCAAGGAAGCGACUGCAGACGGAUCAUGAAGCUCAGAGACGGCAUAAUGUUGAAUUAGUUAAGAUGCAAGAGGAGUCUUCUAUCCGGAAAGAGCAAGCAAGGAUCGCCACGGAAGAACAGAUUCAAGCACAGCAGCGCCAGACUGAGAAAGAGAGAGCUGAACUUGAGCGAGAGACAAUUCGCGUCAAAGCCAUGGCUGAGGCUGAAGGUAGAGCUCAUGAAGCCAAACUUACGGAGGAGCAGAACCGAAGAAUGCUUCUGGAUAAGAUAAAUGGUGAAAGGGAGAAAUGGCUUGCAGCUAUCAACACAACCUUCAGUCACAUUGAAGGGGGAGUCAAGGCCCUAUUAACUGACAGAAAUAAGCUGAUUAUGACUGUUGGUGGAGCUACAGCAUUGGCCGCUGGAGUUUACACAACUCGAGAGGGUGCUAAGGUUACAUGGGGUUAUAUUAACCGGAUACUUGGACAGCCAUCACUCAUCCGAGAAUCCUCCAUGGGUAGAUUUCCGUGGGCAGGCUCAGUGUCUAAGUUUAAGAACAAAGUCUCGAAGUUUGGUAAAGCUGCAUCUGCAAAAGGGGAAAACCCCCUUGAUAAUGUAGUUCUCCAUCCUUCUCUAAAGAAGAGAAUUGAGCAUCUUGCUAGAGCCACAGCGAAUACUAAGUCACAUCAAGCGCCAUUCCGCAACAUGAUGUUUUAUGGUCCUCCUGGUACCGGUAAAACUAUGGUGGCCAGAGAGAUUGCUCGGAAGUCGGGUCUAGAUUAUGCUAUGAUGACUGGAGGUGAUGUUGCUCCUCUGGGUGCACAGGCUGUUACAAAAAUCCAUGAGAUUUUUGACUGGGCUAAGAAAUCAAACAAAGGUUUACUUCUUUUCAUCGAUGAAGCUGAUGCUUUCCUAUGCGAACGUAACAGCAUGUAUAUGAGCGAGGCUCAGCGUAGCGCUCUGAACGCUUUGCUGUUUAGAACCGGUGAUCAGUCACGGGACAUAGUUCUGGUCCUGGCUACAAACAGACCCGGGGAUCUAGACAGUGCGGUCACUGACAGGAUCGACGAAGUUAUCGAGUUUCCGCUCCCUGGUGAAGACGAACGCUUCAAGCUCCUUAAACUCUAUCUCAACAAGUACCUAACCGGUGAAGACCAGAAAGGUGACAAAGACACGAAGACUAAAUGGAGCCAUUUGUUCAAGAAGCAGUCACAAAAGAUAACAGUUGAAGGAGACCUAACCGACCAAGUGAUCAGAGAGGCUGCGAAAAAGACAGAAGGGUUCUCUGGUCGUGAGAUCGCUAAGCUCGUGGCUGGUGUUCAAGCUGCUGUAUACGGACGACCAGAUUGCGUCUUGGAUGCACAGCUUUUUGAAGAGAUUGUUGAUUAUAAAAUCCAAGAACACCACCAGAGAGCCAGACUUGCGACUGAAGGUGGCCAAUCUUUUCCUUAAUAGUCACUCUUUCUGUAUGGUUUGUUUCUUUAGCCGCUGUUCUGACUUUAUUAUGAAAGAUGAGAGACCGGUUCAGUUUCGGUUUAAUGGGAUCUGGUUCAGAUUUGAAAUUUACUCCAAA